GGCCUUCGGUUUCUUUAUUUCAUCCAUCUAAGGAAAUCAAGAAAGGGACACCUCCAAAAAAAAGAAAGUUGAAGAAGACUCCACACAUGCAGUUCUGGUGCCAUUUUCCAAGGUUUCACAUAAUGAAGCCUUUUUUGGAAGAGUGAAAUAACAGACUUCAUGGAUACAUGAUAUUGUGACAUCCCUGUGUCCUCCAUACAUGCUGCGUAUUUUAUCAAGAUGAAUUCCAUAAAGUGUGUACUGGUGGGCGAUGCUGCUGUCGGUAAGACAGCCCUUCUUGUACGCUUCACAUCAGAGGCAUUCCCUGAUUCAUACAGACCCACAGUCUAUGAGAACACAGGAGUGGAUGUCUAUAUGGAUGGUGUACAGAUCAGCCUUGGACUAUGGGACACGGCAGGGAACGACGCGUUCAGAAGCAUUCGUCCUCUUUCCCUUCAGAAUGCAGACAUUGUGUUACUGUGUUUUUCAGUGGCCAACCACACCUCAUUUUUAAAUGUAAGGAAUAAGUGGAUUGGUGAAGUGAGACAGCACUUGCCUCGUAUUCCUGUGCUUGUGGUGGCAACUCAGACUGACCAGAGGGAACUGGACCACAUGCGACUUCCUUGCAUUAACUCAAUAGAUGGCAAGCAACUAGCCCAGGAUGUCCGAGCCAAAGGCUACUUGGAGUGUUCGGCUCUCAGUAACAGAGGAGUCCAGCAGGUAUUUGAGUGCGCAGUUAGGACAGCGAUUAACCAGGCGAAGAAGAGGGCCAGGCGGCACCGUUUCCUGUCCCAAGAAUGCAAAAUCUUUUGAAUUAUAUUGGUAUAUUUUAUUGCCUCUGUGGGUAGGACAUGUUAGACUUUGUGCAAAGGGGCAAAAAAAAGCCGCCCAACUAAUUCAUGUGAUGUCUUUAUCAUAGUUUUUAUGUACAGGAACUGAGAUUUGAAAAACCAUACCCAAAGGAUACUUUCAACCAUUUCCAAAUAAAUUAUUUGAGAAGUUUUAAUUUUUGCAUUUUUAUUUUAAAACAAAAAAGAUUUUAAAACACAAAAGACAGUAAUAGGAAAAAGUUGUCUUAAAUCAUUUCAUACAUAUUCAAGCAAAGCAAAGUAGUAAGUGUGCACUAUGGGAGGUGCUGUAGGUCAGGGUUGUGUGCAGGUGGUUUAUUGGUCAGCUCUCUGUCUCCUAGGACAGGUGGUCGAACCUAAACCCUACCAGCUGCCUACUUGGGCAGAGCUAGACACAGGCCCCAUAUGGCCAGGAAUUUCUCUGGGUACCCUCUAGCCAGCAACACUGCUUUCUGCAGAGAGAGGACCUCCCUGAUGGAUUUUCUCUUGGCCAAUAUUGGCGGUCCAGUAUCUUUCCACACUAGUAGGAUAACCUUGUUAGUGUAGUAUAGCAUUUGUAGAUUAAACAACCUCUGAUAUGACUUAAAUGUGAGUGGGUCUGUGUGGCCCCUCAGUGACCGUACUGUAUAUUCAGAAUUUUUCCCUUAUUUAAAAUGUCACUGAGCCUUUUCAGUCUGAAAGAAAAACAGUUGUUAGGGUCUCACUAUCCAACUUCUGUAAUGGCCACAAAGGCCAGGGCCCAGGGAAAAAGAGACUUAGGGCAUAUGACGCAGCUUCUACUCUACAAAAUGGUUCUACUGAGCUGCAGUCACACCAUAACAAAAUCAGAUGCACAAUACAAAGCAAAGAAUUAAAUACAGUAAACAGUAAAAGACCGGCUGCAAAUAACCUCAGAGUAUUCAUCUCUAAAUCCUACUUACAUAUUACAAAGAUCAUACCUUCUGACUACAAUCCUUAUAUGAAAUGUGAUUUUAAUUAAUUAACCUCAUAGGUAAGAGACUUUUCAGAAUGGCUGCUCCAGGCAAGAAAUGACUCAAACGAAUAACUUCUUACGUGUUUUAAUUGCCUCAUAAAAUAAAUGAAAUCAUUUUCAUUUAUGGCUUGUAGAGUUUGUACCUUGCAAGCACGUAUUGUUACAUUUUUCAGUUCCAUGUAAGAUGGAAAUGUUCCUGAGGAUAAAAUAAAAUCCUUAUAAACGGCAGAGCUGGGACAUACCAUACUUACAUACACGUGUGUAUUUAUUUUGAGAAUCUUAAAUUAUUUUGUGUAAUUAGCUUUGUAAAGUAUUUGUAAAUAUGCUUAUAAAGAUUAAACUGACACCAUUCUGGGUUACAGUUAUUUUUAGAUCAUGUUUAGAUCAUGUGGGUGAUAUCAAAUGACAUUUCUGGAACUGGACAUACAAAAUUGUCACCCAUACAUUUCCCAAUAUGUAUUUUGCGUAACAUUUUAUUACAUGUAAAAAUUAUUUCUGCAGUCAAUAAAGACAUCUAAUUCAUAAUCCCCUUGUAAUUA